AUGCACGACAUGCCGUCCAAAUUCAUCGAGAUCCUCUACCCCGAAGAUUCCGCACAGUUGAAAUUCAGCGACUCAGACGUGCGACUGGAAGAUGUACUUGCGUCCCACGAAGCGCUCGUUAGCCGACCGCGUUCCUCUACCCAGUCAUCCUUGAAGGCAAGCAUCGAAAAGGAUCGAGAGUCCUCGUCUUCGCCGCCGCAGCGCUGGAAACGGCUGAGCAAUAUUCUUAUUCCGAAGAAGAAUUAA